AUGUGCAAAGCCCGCUGCUGCAUGUGUGGUAUUCCGGACCACGCCGGUCGCGAUUGUCACCUCAAGAAGUGCCGCUGCGGAGGGCAGCACUUGACAGUCGACCACAUGCCUAUGGAUCGACAGUGCGUCGUGGCCUGCGAGGCCGAGCUGGAGAAGCUCAACGAUGAGGUAUGCCAGAGCUGCGGCUCCAAGCAGGAAGUUCGUCCAUCUGUGCCGCGGUCGCACCAAUGGGCCAGUCCUGAUUUUGAAUAUGUGGAUGCAGCGUUGGCAUGGGGCAAUAGCAAGUAUGGCAAGGCUAUAUUUGGUAAAGACGUCGCAUUCUGA